AAAGAAGUUGAAUACGAUUGGACCAAUGAACGUCAAAAUGUAUUUGAAACCUUAAAAGGAAAACUAAUGCAAGCUUCAAUACUAAGAUAUCCAGAUUUUGAUAAAAUGUUUUAUCUUUUCACUGACGUCUCAGGAAUUGGAUUAGAAGCUGUGCUCGCAUAA